AAAGGAGAGAGGAGACUACUUUGACAGUUGUGAGGUUCCGCAGCCUGGAGUAGUUCAACCUGCAGCUAAAACAGUGUCCUUUAGAACUAUAGUCUCGACGAAACCAGUCGUACCAGGGAAAGUCACUAGUCUUUAUUCAAGACAUUUAGUUUAUAGCUUCUCGUGGCGAGUUAGAGAUUUACUUCAUACCUGGAGAGAGCACCUGUGAAGGAGCUGUCCUGUUUAUUCGUCUAGCCAGUGCGGCUUCUUCCGGUACUGUGAGCAAGCUGGAUUCCCGCAGCUCCUCACCAUGUCUGGCGGGUUAUAGAUAUUCCAUGGAGCAACCAAACCUCUAUGAGGUCGCCCCACGACCCCUAAUGACCAGCCUAGCCCAGAGCCAGAGUCAGCAAAGCGCCUACUGCUACAAAGACCCCUCCGCUGCUGGACCCGGAGCAGGAGGAGACCUCGGCGAGAUCUGUGAGAACGAAAACUCCAUUGACAUCAGCGCCUACAUCGACCCUGCAGCCUUCAACGACGAGUUCCUGGCUGAUCUAUUCCACAACAGCUCGAAGCAAGAGAAACUCAAGCUGGCGAACAGUGAGUACGAAUCCUACCCCCACGGGGUGAGCUCUGGCUCGGGGGCGCACCACCAACAGCAGCAGCAGCAGGGCUAUGGUUGUAUUCCCGGGUAUAUGGACACAUCUAAACUUGAACCCAUUUACGAUAACCAGUCCACGAGAAUCAGACCUGUGGCGAUAAAGCAAGAGCCCAGAGAAGAAGAUGAAAUGAGCCAUUCUAUGCCUCCAACCUACCACCAUUCCCACCAGCAUCUCCCACAGCACCUAUCCCACCUUCAGUACCAGAUUGCGCACUGCGCGCAGACGACCAUGCAUCUCCAACCGGGACACCCGACGCCUCCACCGACGCCCGUCCCGAGUCCACACCACAGGGAUGGCAGCAUGUCCUCCGUUGGAUCCAUGAAGAUGAUGGGACGCGACGACCGAGACCGAGACCGGGGUAAAUCCAAAAAGCGCGUCGACAAGGCCAGCACGGAGUACCGGUUGAGGCGGGAGAGGAACAACGUCGCGGUGAGGAAGAGUAGAGACAAGGCGAAAAUGCGCAAUGUUGAGACGCAGCAUAAAGUGAUCGAGCUGGCGUCGGACAACGAAAGACUGCGGAAGAGAGUGGAACAUCUUACCCGAGAACUGGACACAUUAAGGGGCAUCUUCAGACAACUUCCCGAUGGAUCUUUCAAACCCAUGGCCAACUGCCAGUGAACACGGACUAUAGUAGCUUUUACAUUGGGACUUUUAAACACUUACUUGUACACGUCUCCUGGAUAUAGCCUCUACACGCUAUAGAUUGAUCUGACAGAUUGUGACUACAACAGUUUGUUUCUUCAGGAGAGACAGGGCAGCUGAGGUAUACAAGCCUUCUGUACUUUAAACAAUAAGCUCAUUUCUCCACGUUUAAACAGUGGACCUGUGUUGUGUGUGUGUGUGUGUGUGUGUGUGUGUGUGUGUGUGUGUGUGUGUGUGUGUGUGUGUGUGUGUGUGUGUGUGUGUGUGUGUGUGUGUGUGUGUGUGUGUGUGUGUGUGUGUGUGUGUGUGUGUGUGUGUGUGUGCCUUUUUAUUACAUAACAUUGUGUGUUUAGCCACGCAAAAACAACAUAUCAGUGCAGCUGAAGGAACAGGGGCAUGAUUUUCACAAUAAUCACUAGCCUGCUCGAUGUUCAUGUUUUAACGUUCGCAUCUCAAUACCAUGUUCUUGUCUUACUAAACUAAACAUGUGUGCAUUUGACUUAUAGAGCUACAGUAUAUUAUUAAACUGCAAAGUGCACACAGCUUUCCACAUAAUUUUUUUUUUUUUUUUUGUGCAAAACAAAACAAAUCUGAGCGGUGAUCAGAAUGUUUCCAUGUAUUUGCUGUUCAGACAUUAAGACCAUAUAAAGGUGACAGCUAGAACUCAUAUCCUGCUGCUGUCUGCUGCGUCAGCAUUCACACGUCGGGGAGAUCUAUGGACGGAAUUAAACGCCGCAGCAAACGACUGCAAACGUGUUAUACUGUGGUACCUGCUUCUUCACGAGCAGUUUUUGUCGCGCGCACUAUAAAAUGUCUUCAAAAUACAACGGAAUGAGGCACAUUUUGUAUUUCUUCCAUAUGUUUUUGGGUACUAAUCUGAACACGCCUCUCAGUGUAAAUAAAAACUCUUUAUAAACUCAAAGCUUUCUAUUUAUGUAUAAUUGAUUUUUUUUUAUUUUUUAAUGUGAAAAGGUUCCUCUUCACUCUUAGAUAAAAAGGUUCUUCGGCUGUCUCUGUAGGAGAACCAUUUUUGGUUCCAGGUAAAAAAACCUUUUGUGUUCCAUGUACUGUAGAACCCUCUGUGGAAGGUUCUACUUAGAACCGUAAAGGGUUCUACCUGGAAUCAACAAGGGUUCUUCAAAGGGUUCUAGAUUGCACCUUUUUUUUCUUCAAGGAAAGUAUAACUAUGCAAUGUUUGUUGCCCUCGUCUUCUGUCUGAUGAUUUGACACGAAGAAGAUCCAACCCUUUGGCCUGUUUUCUCACUGGUUCAGCUGUGAAAUACUGUUUGAAGCUUUGCUUCUCCACAGUGUCAACUGGACUGUCACUGUUCUUUUUCCCUGAGCCCCCUCUUCCUUUACAAGCCUGAUGUCAUCAUGCAGUGCCUUUUGACUUCUCUCUCUCUCUCUCUCUGUGAAGUAAGACUUUGGACUUUACCACUGGCUGAGACUUCUCGGAUUCUAUACAUGUUCUAGAAUGUUCUAGACUCUUAUUGGAUUCUAUACAUGUUCUAGAAUGUUCUAGACUCUUAUUGGAUUCUAUACAUGUUCUAGAAUGUUCUAGACUCUUAUUGGAUUCUAUACAUGUUCUAGAAUGUUCCAGACUCUUAUUGGAUUCUAUUAAACAAAUGCUAAGAUAUAGAGACUUUUACAUUAAUAAGGAAAAGGAAGCACUUUUUAAUGUUUUUUUUUUACAAUGCUAAUGUUGCCAAUGUUAUAGAAAAAAUGUUUAAAAUGUAAAAAUGAACCUAUAUGAUGACAUUAUGAAUUAUAAUAAAAGAGCAGCGUCUCAUUGGAA